AUGAUUAGUCAAAUCACGCAUUAUCUCCCUCACGCCUUUGGGAAGACGCCGGCCGCGUCCUUACUUGCUCUUCUACCAUUUCUCGCCAUCCUUUUGCUUGUCGUUGUUGCAAAAUACUUCGAGCCUGUAGGCAAACGAAGGCUAAGAGAUGGCAGCAAAUCGCAUCUACCUCCUGGACCGCCUGGAUUACCAAUCAUUGGAAGCUUGCAUAAGUUGAAGGAGGCCAGGGGUGACCCUGAUCACAAAUUUCUCCGUGAACUUGCCACCUAUGGCGAAAUGACGACAGUCCACGUUGGCUCUAAAACCUGGAUCUUCCUGAAUUCCAGCCGGGUUGUCUCAGAAAUCAUUGCAAAGCGAGGAAGUGCGACGAAUACAAGGUCUCCAAUGCCUAUAUCGAGUGGGAUUGUAAGCCACGACGGCAGAUCUCUGAUUUUGCCCCAGGAGGCUUGGAUGGAGCGACGACGUGUCAUGCAUAGCCUUCUAAACGGUACAUCUUUAAAGCAGUAUGGGGAAUGGCAGGAGCUUGAAAGUACUCAGAUGAUGGCCGAGUAUUUGUUCAAACCCCAGCUAUGGUAUAAACAUCAUUAUCGAUAUGCUAACUCAGUUAUCCAUCGGAUUGCACUUGGAGAGCGCCUGGGCAAAUCAACCCAAGAACUAGCAGACCUACAAAACUGCGUCACCUUCUUCGUCGGAAGUAUUGGAUCUAGCGUAAUCGAUUGGUUCCCAGAUCUCGCCCGAUUGCCCAAGUUUCUUCAAAUCUGGCGAUCUCACUGGGAAGCCCUGGGCGAAUGGAACCAUAACGUCUAUCGGUCGUGGUGGGACCCUGUGAGAAAGCAAGUCGAGAAUGGCUCUGCACCUCCAUCCUUCGUACGAGACGUACUUCUUAACAAAGAAACAAGAUACAAGGGCAAUGAUCAGGAUUGCAUGUAUCUUGCUAUGCAGCUGAUAGAGGCUGGAAGCGAUACCACCCGAGAAGCACUCAAUAUCAUGAUAAUGGCAAUGUUGGAGUAUCCAGAGCCCUUCCGCAAGGCAAGAGCCGAUGUCGAUAGCUUAUGCGGCGUUGGAGAACAGGCACGCUUACCCGUUCUUUCCGACAUGGACGAUCUGCGUUUUAUCUGCGCGAUUGCUAAGGAAGUACUACGCUGGCGUCCGAUCUUCAUUCUUACGCCAGAUCACGUUGCAUCGCAAGAUAUCGAGUUCGAAGGAUACAGGUUCCCGGCUGGCACUGGCUUUACCAUUAACGAAGUUCCAGUUGGCAACGAGUGUGAGAAGCCGGAAGCGUUCUAUCCAGAAAGAUGGAUGAAUGGCCACGAGACGGACAUCAGCCAUGGGCUCUGGCAAUUUGGAGGUGGACGGCGGAUCUGCGUUGGCUACCGCCUGGCGCAGAGGAGUCUAUUUCUUAAUAUUGCAAGGCUUGUUCAAUGCGUUGACUUCAAGCCGGAUGGGCCAUACAAUGCGAAGAUUCUUAACCUAGAGUCUGUAGAUGAGCCAUUUCCAGUCAAACCCACCAUCCGUAGCCAGGCUUACGGGGCUCUUAUUAUCAAAGAAGCCACCGAGGCUGGUGUCCUGGAGGACGCAGGCAUGGACCAGGAGUAA